GCAUUGAUUAGUACCGAAUUUAACCCGCGUGUCCUCUAAAACAUGGCAGACGAAAUCAAAACAUUAGAAGUAUGGUCUGGUGAAUGGGGUCUUCCCUCAUUUGAUCAUAAAUGUUUGGCAGUUCAGUCAUAUUGCAAGUUUUCAGGAAUACCUGUAAAAGUUACAGCAAGAAACAACCCAUUGAGGUCGCCUUCAGGGUCACUUCCAGUUUUCCGAAAUGGAGAUGCAGUGAAAUGUGGUGUUAUAAGCAUCUUUGAAUAUUUAAAAGAACAGAACUUUGGAAAUGAUGUGUCACUCUCUAGAAAGCUCCAGGCUGAUAACAAAGCAUUUCUCUAUUUUCUGGAAGAAAAAUUAAAACCUGCAUAUUUACACAGUUGGUGGGUAGAUGCCCAUGCUUUCACAGAAACCACACGGCCACUAUAUGCUAAAGCAUGUGGUUUUCCACUCAGUCUUUAUGUGACAAAGAAAAUGAUGACAUCUGCAUCAAAUGAAGUGUACACACCACUGCAGAAACAAGAUGUAACCGAAGAAGAUAUUGACAAACUGAUAUAUAAAGAAGCUAAAGAAUGCAUCAACCUACUGUCCUACAAACUCGGGGAGCAAGACUUCUUCUUUGGAGACUGUCCAACAUCACUCGAUGCUAUGGUAUUUGGGUAUAUUGCACCUCUAAUUAAAGGACCACUGACCAGUAACCAGCUGGUCAAACACAUCGAGAACUGCCCCAAUCUCUGUAACCAUACCAAUCGUAUAUUAUCCAGGUUCUUCCCACUCUCUCAAGAUGAUGUGGUCAAAAUGAGGAAGGAAGAACAAGAAAGAAGUGAAGCACUUAAAAGAGAUGCUUUGGACUUUCCGAACAAAACUCGCAAUAUGAUUUUAGCUGGAUUGUUUGCAGCAACAGCAAUGAUGGCUUAUGCAUAUUCAUCAGGAGUAGUUAGAAUACAGGAUAAUACCAAUGGGGAAGAUUAUGAAGGAGAAGAAGAGGAUGAGAAUUAGUGAUUAUCUGUGUGUUAAGACAUGUUUGUAUAGCAUGGUGAAAAUAGAUUGACACACCGCAGGUGAAACGUGACAAAGUUGUGAGUCGAUCAUGUCAUAAGAUGUCUAUGUCCAGUAAAUGUUUGUUUAGUCUGGUCUUCAUCCUUCUGACAUAUAGUUCCAAACCAAGAUAGAUUGUGAAUGCAAAACAGACAUGUAUUUCAAAAUUAAGUUUGAAGAUGUCAGAGCUAUAACUGGCAAAAUGUAUUGGUUUGGGGAUGAAAAAGUAGCUAAUACAUGUACUAAUACAGUAACUUUUAAAUUGGUGCAACUCUUGAAUGAAUCAUCUUUAAUAUUUGGUAAGUUACUUCCGAUUUUGAAGAUUUGUUGCAGAGGAAGUACAUGCGUUUUCAUAUUAUCUUGUGAAAACAGAAGAAUGCCUCUGAUUUGAGGUGUUUUCACUCUGCCAUCUAGCACACUGUACUUUUUAAGGAGGUGUAACACAUAUCGACGUUAAUGAAAACUAUGGGAUAUGUAGAGAAUUUAAGAUAUUGUAGUGUUGGAAAAUUAAAACUUUUGUCAUAUAUUGAAAAUUGCAAUUUUGGUGCAGCAUCAAUCAUUUGAAUUAAAUUUUAAAAAUCCCUUGCUGGAUUCUAAUGGAAGACCAACAGAUUCUCAGCCAUAACACCUUAAUCCAAGACAAGUGAAACAAACUCUAAAGUAUACUCAGCCAUAACACCUUAAUCCAAGACAAGUGAAACAAAUUCUAAAGAAUGUAUUUCUGAUUUAAUCUUUACAUCAAUGGUAAACAUCCAUCUUAAACAUUUUAUUCAUCCAUAACCACAAAUUUUGCUAUUCAGUAACAGUUUGUGAUCCCUCAUUCACUACAACCAGCUAUAACCAUUGUCCUUUUACACAAUUGAUUAUCUACCAAGUAAUUCCAUACACACCAAAGAGAGGUAGCGGGGGAACACUAUGCGAUACAACACAGUUCAAUGUGUGCAUUAUGUACUCUCUGUCAUGUGAUAUUCAUGUUACCUCCACGGUUAUGAAAUUAAACGAGCACGUCUGCAGUUGUGUUCAUUUGUCACAAGAUUUUUUUUUUCACAACAUGUGCAUAUAUAGGCAACGGUUCUCUUGUUCCAAAUGUUAUUACUAGUGAUCUCAUAAAUGCUUGAUAUUGUCUCGUGUGUGUAUCGUACAAAAUACAAGUUUAGUAAUAAUAGAUUACUAAUGUUCUGAUUCGUAUAAAAUUUACAAAAACUUGAAAAACUUGAUCACAACUGAACAAGUCUACAGAGGAGGGCAAAUAAAAUUUACAAGGAAUCUCCAGUUUUGUGAUAAUUUACAGUAAAACACACUUAUAAUGAAUUCAUGUAAUAUUUAUUCCACCAUGAUAGGAAAAUAACGAAACUUUUAUUGGCUAUAAUGAAGUUUGGUUAUAAUGAACUGUUUUUUUUACAGGCUUUGGAGGUUCACUAUAACUGUGUUUUACUGUAUAUGGAUUUCAUUGUAUUGCAUGUAUUUUAUUAGUGAUUAUUUAUGAAGCGGUGAAUCGUGAUACAGAUUAGAUAUGAUGUUCUUGGAACUUGGAAGUAAAUGUAUUUGUGUAUUAAGGGUCUAGUAAAAUAUUAAAUAAAAGACAAUGAAUAUUUA